AUGCUGCUGGGCAGCAUUGGCGCAGCCAAUGCCAGCACCUUCAACUGCUCGGCCAGCGCCUUUGAGGCCAUCAUCCCCUCCAAUGCCACCGUCGUGCUCGCCCAUCGCGUCGCCCAGAACGGCACCUUCACUCCCCCCGCCGCCGACACUGGCUUCCCCGACCCGGCCUACCAGCUGCCCGCGCUGUGCGUUGUGCAGAUUGAGAUGCCCACCGAUGCCAACACCACCUUCAACUUCGGUCUCUUCCUCCCUGACGUCUGGGAGGGACGUAUGGUUGUCUCUGGCAACUCUGCCUUUUCCGGAGGUGUCAACUAUGCUGAGAUGGGCGCCGGUGUCACCUAUGGUGCCGCUGCCAUGUCGACCGAUACCGGCCACGACUCGGCAUUCGACAACUCGUGGGCUGCCAACCCCGAGUCUGUGACCGACUGGGGCUGGCGCGCGAUGCACCUGUCGGUCGUCGAGGCCAAGAAGGUCAUCGAGAAGUACUACGGCGAGUCGCUCAAGUACAGCUACUACAACGGCUGCUCGACCGGUGGACGCCAGGGUCUCAAGGAGGUCGAGGCCUUCCCCGAUGACUUUGACGGCGCCGUCGUCGGUGCCCCCGCCUGGUGGACGAAGCAUCUGCAGCUCUUCAACAUCUUCUCUGCCGAGUACAACUACCCGACCAACUCCAGCCACCACAUCAGCGAUGAUCUGUUUGCCUUCAUUGCCAACGAGACCUUGAAGCAGUGUGACCCCCAGGAUGGUGUUGUUGAUAACAUCAUCUCCGACCCCCGCCGCUGCGAUCUGGACCUGGAGGUGAUGCUGUGCGACGCCAACGUGACGGACUCGACGACUUGCAUCACCGACGACCAGCUGGACACCCUGUACCACUACUACAACGACUGGGUCGAGGCCGACCAGACCUUCAUCUUCCCCCACUACGAGAUCGGCAGUGAGACCGGCUGGGGAAUGGCCCCGGACUUCAGCUACAUCGAGUACUUCCUGGGUCUGGGCACCAACUUCACCUGGGCCGACUGGAACGCCAGCAUCAUCAAGCUGUCGGACGAGUUGAACCCGGGCAAUGCCACCGCCGACGACUUCGACCUCUCCCCCUUCUACGAGAAGGGCUCUAAGCUGAUCCACUACCACGGCAUGGCCGAUCCCUCCAUCCCCACCGGCAGCAGUGUCUACUUCUACAAGCACGUCCAGCGCACCCUCAAGGCCCUGGGCAUCGAUCUCGAGGAGUUCUACCGUUUCUACCUCAUCCCCGGCAUGGAGCACUGCGGCAACACCCCCUCCAACAUGGAGGCCCCCUGGUACAUUGGUGGUUCGUCUCAGGCCUCGACCAUCGGCACUGACGGCUCCGGCAACCACCUCCACGAGAAGCCCGGCUUCAACGACCCCAAGCACGACGCCCUGCUCGCCAUGAUCGCCUGGGUUGAGAACGGCACCGCUCCCGACUACCUCAUCGGUACCAAGUUCCACGAUGAAACCACUCUCGACUACGUCACCAAGCAGCGUCCCAUCUGUCCCUUCCCCGAGCAGGCCAAGUACAUUGGCAACGGCAGCCUCUGGGAGCCUGCCAACUGGGAGUGCGCCAGCCUCUACUAG